AUGUAAUCUGAACCUGAUUCGAUUGUGGAGAAAAGUCCGAAGGGAAGAUUUAUUAGAUUUAAUGAGUAAAUCGGGAAAGGGACUUACAAAACUGUGUAUAGGGGCUAUGAUGAGGAGUCUGGAUGUGAAAUUGCAUGGAAUGUAGUACAUUUAGAUCAAUUGCCGCAGUAGGAGGAGAGGAAAAGGAUAUCAGAGGAACUGAAUAUUCUUAAUAACAUCAAACAUCCCAACAUUAUCAGCCUCAUAAAUGCGUGGAUUAGCAAAAAUAAAUGUGAAGUUAUUUUUAUAACAGAAAUUGUACAUGGUGGAUCACUCAAAAAACAUUUGAGAAAAAUACAGAGGCCCAGGUUAAAAAUACUCAAGCAUUGGUGUCGAGAAAUACUGAAAGGUUUAGAAUAUCUACAUAGUAUUUCUCCAUAUCCAGUAAUACAUAGAGAUAUUAAAUGCGAUAAUAUCUUCAUUAACACCCAUAAUAACCAAGUGAGAAUCGGGGAUUUCGGAUUAGCAAUUAAGUUACAAUAAUAGGAUUUUACAUAAUCAGUACUUGGAACUCCAGAAUUCAUGGCUCCUGAAAUUUAUGAAGAGAGAUACGGACCUCCGGUGGAUAUAUAUGCCUUUGGUAUGACAUGCUUGGAAAUGGCUACAUAAAGAAGGCCAUAUGAAGAGUGUACAGCCCCCAAUUAAAUUUAUUAAAAGGUUAUCAACCGAAUUAAGCCAAAAACAUUAGAUCUGAUAUAGAAUCAAGAUUUAAAAGAAUUUAUUUUAAAAUGUCUCGAAGAUUAAGAAAAAAGGCCAACAGCCUCAGAAUUGCUUAAUGAUAAGUUUUUGAAUGAGUCAGAAGAUGAUAAUUAACAUGUUGUUAUUUUGGAAGAGGAAUAAAGUGAACAAAUAUUGGAAAGUAAUAUUUUGAAGUAUGACCCUGUAUUCAGAGAAUAAUUAGAUUUUGAUAGUUCUAUCUUAAUUUAAUUAAAUGAAUCAGAUGAAAUGCAUAUCAAAAUUACAUUUACGGAUUUAACUAAAUAUAAUUCUUCUUUUCAAGAAUUCAUAAAGACCAGUGUCUAAAAAUAUUCAGAUUUAUAAAAACCUGAAUAAUUCGCAGCAUUCUAAGAGGAAAUUUAAAAGUAAGGUGGCAUUGACAAAGCUGUAUGGGUGAAGCCGAGUGAAGAGUCGAAGAAAAUUAUGAAGACUUAAUUUUUAUAAUCUUUAGAAUAAUUUCAAUCAACUGUGUCUACACUUCUGUAAGAUGUAGAUAUCAAUGAAUGGGAGUUAAUUGAAUAGUAGAUUUUGGUGUAGUUUUAAUAAUAAAGAAAAUAAGCAAAAUCUAGAUUGCCAAAUUGA